GAAUUCUUAGUAUUUAAAAACAUAUGGUCAAUGGAUAAAAAACUGUUUUUUGAAAAAUAUAAAACCUUCAAUUCUUCAGCGACACACUUCAAUCAAGAUAUGAAUCAAUAUUUGAUUUAUAAACGUAAAAUAUCUCGCAUUAAACCAGUUGCCCAAGUCUCUCAUUUUUUAGUACAAACAAACAUAUUAAAAGAUGACAUUAUUAAACAUUGUGAUGAGUGGAAGAAUAAUUUUUCCGAUCUUCUUCUUGAAGUUACGACAAAUCUCAUAGAAGGGUUUUAUCAAUACAUACAAAUUAACAGCCUUCAAGCGAUGACGCCGCCUAAAAAUUUAACUGAAAUGAUUUCAUUCGUUGAGUUUCGAAAAAGAAUAGUUUUAGAAUACGAUAAUAAAGCUAAAGAGUUUACACUAAUUUCUGAUAAUGUUCAAGUAUUAGAAAUAAAUAAUAUACGAAUGCCAGAAGUAGUACAAAUUAAAUAUGAAAAACUGUUUCAUGCUUGGAGAGUGUACAAGAACACUCUUGAAGACGCCGAAAUAAUGUUGAAAAGAAAAAAAAAUGAAUUUUUGAAAUUGCUAAAGGAAACACAAACUAAUUUAAAAUUAAAAGCUAAAGACCUAUUACAGACAUUUUUAGAAACCACGCCGAUUUCUACAAAAUGGAAAUCAAAUGAUGCUUUAAUGUAUACUGAACAAAUACAAAAUAAAUUGGAAAUAUUAAAAACCGAAGAAAAACAAUUAAACGAUGAUCUUGCUGUAUUUGAAAUACAAUUUAUUCAUUCAAUUGAAAUUAAAAAACUCCAGGAAGAAAUAUUGGUUUUACACUCAGUUUGGAAACUAGUCAAUACGUGGGAUGAAGUUUGGAAAAACUAUAAACAGGAACUAUUUUGGCAUGUACACGUUUCCGAUUUAAAAGUAACUGUGAACGCAUUUUUCGAUAAAUUUAAUACUUUGGUUAAUGAAUUAAAAAAUAAAAAAUGGGAAGUAAUAGAAACCACUCGUAAUAAUAUUGAUGAAUUCCGUAAACUAUUACCGGUGAUUGAAGAUUUAAAAAAUCCAGCAAUGAAAGAUAGACAUUGGGACGAAGUCCGAAACGUCAUAAAUGAAAAAUUAAUCGAAAAAAGUUCUGAUUUUACGUUAAAAAAGUUAGUUGAAGUUAAAAUUCAAGAUUACAGUGAACAAAUUAGUGAUAUAUCAAAAAAAUCAACAAUAGAACUAGAUUUAGACAAUGCUAUACAAAAUAUAAAAGAAAUAUGGGCCACUAAAAAUCUACACUUAGAACCUUACAAAGAUAAAGGUAUUUAUUACAUAAAAUUGAAUGGUGACAUUUUUCAAUUAUUAGAAGAUCAUCUUGUGCAGCUAACUACAAUCAAGGCAUCAAAAUAUAUUUCUGUUUUUCUAAACGAGGCAGACUUUUUAGAAAAAUCUUUAGGUCUAAUCACGGAAGUUUUAGAAAUUAUUCUAUCAGUUCAACGACAGCAUAUUUAUUUAGAAAAUAUAUUUAUGGGAGAUGAUAUACGACAAAAAAUGACAAUAGAAAGCAUUGACUAUGAUAUUUUAACAGAAGAAUGGAAAGAAAUAACCAUACAAAUAUAUAAAGAAAAUAAUUUAUUCAGAGCAUGUUAUUCUAAAUCUUUAUUCAAACAUUUAAACACGAUGAAUUACCGCUUGGAAGUCAUACAGAGAGCUUUAGAAGUGUAUAUGGAAUCAAAACGUCACGUAUUCCCUAGAUUUUAUUUUAUAUCAAAUUGCGAAUUAUUAGAGAUACUGGGAAACUCUAAAAAUCCUGAAUCUAUACAACCUCAUUUAAAAAAACUUUUUACCAAUGUCCGUAACAUUAAAUUCCUCACAAAUAACAACCAAAAAAAAGAGGCACAAGGUAUGUUUUCUAAAGAUAAAGAGUAUGUAGACUGGAACCAAUCAGUGAUAUGUGAUGGACCAGCAGAAAUUUGGCUAAAUUCAAUAGAAGAUGCAAUGCGCAAUUGCCUAAAACAAAUAUUAAAGCAAGUAAAAUUGGCAUUAACAAAAAAUCUAAAAACUCGUGACAAGUGGAUAUUGGAAUGGCCAGGACAAUUAUGUAUUGUAGCAUCUCAAAUUCAGUGGACCGCCGAUUGUACCCGAGCAUUAGUGCAAUCCAGACAUUUAAAACACAAAUAUCCUUUAAAAAAAAUGUAUAAAAAACAAAAAAAUAUAUUGACAAAGCUCUCCAAAGUGAUCCGAAGUGAUUUAACCAGUACUGAAAGAUUAAAAGUCGUGGCUUUAAUCAUUAUAGAGAUACACGGUAGAGAUGUAAUUGAAUAUAUGUACAGAUCAAAUUGUAUGGAUAUGUCUGCAUUUGAAUGGAUGUGUCAAUUACGAUUUUACUGCGAUAAAAAAUCAAACGAUAUUGUUAUAAGACAAACUAACACCAAACAACUAUAUGGAUACGAAUACUUAGGAAACUCCGGAAGAUUAGUUAUCACCCCUUUAACUGAUAGAUGUUACUUAACUUUGACUACAGCUGUGCAUAUGCAUCUUGGUGGAAACCUUAAUGGUUCAACAUAUACGGGUAAAACCGAAACUAUAAAAGAUUUAGGGAAACAUUUAGCCCAAUUUGUUAUAGUAGUAAACUGUUCUAAAAGUCUAGACUACAAGAGUCUGUGUCGCAUUUUCUUAGGACUUGUGCAACAGGGAGCUUGGGGUUGUUUUGAUGAAAUUCAACGAAUACAAAUCGAAGUGUUGUCUUCUAUAACACAGCAAAUAUCGACUAUAUUUUCAGCUUUGGCGGCAGAUUUAAAAACAUUGGUUAUUGAAAACAAAAUUGUUACUUUAGUGCCAACUUGUGGUAUAUUUACCACAACGUUCCCAAAUCAUGAAAACUAUUCGUACUUACCAGACAACUUUAAAUCGAUGUUUCGCUCUGUGUCUAUGAUAGUCCCAGACAGUAAGCUAAUCGUCGAAACAAUUCUUUUUAGUGGAGGAUUUAAAGACGCUAAGACACUAGGUAACAAAAUAUUUGUUCUAUAUUCACUCUGCAAACAAAUGCUAAACAAACAAAACUAUUAUGAAUACGGACUUCGGAGUUUAAUUGUAUUAAUAAAGUAUGCUGGAAAUUAUAAGCGGACAAACGCGGAAGUACCAGAUAAUGAGAUUAUCUUACUAGCAAUCCAUAAAACGAUUUUGACAAGUAUAAAUGAAGAAUAUUUACCAAUAUUUACGGAUAUGAUAAAUAAUUUAUUUCCUGACAUAACUCCGCCUGAAAUAAAAUAUGAAGUUUUAAUAGAUGCAAUAAAACGUAGCAUGUUAAAAAACAAUCUCCAACCAACCGAUUCUGCUGUUUUAAAAAUAGUUCAAUUAUACGAAAUUAAAUCUUAUAGAUCUUCUGUUAUAAUAAUAGGAAAUUCUGGAGCAGCUAAAAGCACCACUUGGAAAAUACUAAGAGAUACAUUCAUUUUACUGAAAAGUGAACAAAUCAAUUCAUUCGAAACAGUUAUUGAUUAUGUUUUAAAUCCAAUAACAUUAACUAUAAAAGAACUAUAUGGCACAUAUGAUCAUACUUCACAUGAAUGGGUGGAUGGAAUUUUUUCAUCGAUUACACGAAAAAUUUGUUCUGAUAAUGGAUUAGAACAAAAGUGGGUGAUACUAGAUGGACCAAUCGACAGCUAUUGGAUUGAAAAUAUGAGUUCUAUAAUGGAUGAUACUAAAAUUUUAAUUUUAGAAAACGGAGAACGCAUUUUAAUACCAAAACAAGUAUCUUUUAUAUUUGAAGUAGAGGAUUUAAAAGUUGCAUCCCCUGCAAUUAUUUCGAGAUGUGGUAUAAUUCAUAACAACCAUAACGAUUAUGGAUGGCGAUUAUACGUCGACUCGUGGUUAAAUAAUUGCAAAUUUAAGCUGUUUAAAGAUGAGAUAAAAUUUAAUUUUGAACACUACAUCGAUGAUUUACUUAUGUUCAAAAAGUUAAACUGUAUUGAAAUAAUUACUUUAACGGACCAAAAUUGUAUAAUAUCUAUGUGUAAGUUAUUAGAAAGUUGCACCUUUCACGAUUUAGCUGAUAAAAUUCCUAAUGAAUUAAAUGAUGACCAGUACAAAUUUUUAAUUAAGAUUUGGUUUAUUUUUUGUAUGAUUUGGUCAAUAUGUGGUUGUGUGAAUGAGGACGGAAAAAAGAAAAUUGAUAUAUAUAUAAGAAAACUAGAAGGUGUGUUUCCUAUAAGAGAUACAGUUUAUCAUUAUUUCGUCGAUACAAAUUACUGUAAAUUUCAACAUUGGGAACAAAAACUCUCAAUUAACACACCAUGGAAAUAUGAUAGAGAAGUACAAUUUUCAAAAAUAAUUAUUCCAACGGUAGAUACCAUUCGUCAUGAUUAUUUAAUACAGUCAUAUUUAAGUAAAAAACAACCAGUUUUAUUAGUUGGACCAAGUGGAUGUGGCAAAACAUUGAACGUUAAAAAUUCAUUUGAAACUAUGAAUAAAACUGAAUAUUCUUUUUUAAAGAUUAAUAUGACAUCUACGACUUCAUCUAAUGACGUUAAAGAAACGAUUGAAGAUAAAUUAGAAAAACGCACCAAAGAACUGUAUAUUCCACUAACUGGAAAAACAAUGGUUGUAUUUUUGGAUGAUAUGCAUAUGCCUAUAAAAGAACCUUGUGGAGUACAGCCUUCCUUGGAAUUGAUUAGACAUUGGAUCGAUUAUGGAUUUUGGUAUGAUACAAAAAAACAAUGUCCAAAAUAUGUUAAAAAUAUGCUACUCAUUUGUGCUAUGACUCAAUUUGAUAAAAUAAAGCACUUUAUUAGCAAUCGAAUAUUAAAUCGUUUUAGUGUGGUCAAUAUACCAUCACUCGAAGAAAACGAUAUAUAUAAAAUAUACAAUUCAAUACUCAAUCAUCAUUUAAACGAUUUUGAUGAAACUGUGUCAGAAAUAGGUAAUGGAUUGACUUCGAUGACGAUAAGCCUUUAUAAACAUUUAGUGAUUAGCAUGACUCCAACUCCAUCAAAAAUGCAUUAUUUAUUUAACUUGAAAGAUGUUUCAAAAGUAUUUCAAGGUUUACUACUUAGUAAUGUCAAGUAUCAAAAUUUUAAAGUGCCUAUGUUGCGGCUUUGGUGUCAUGAAGUAUUUCGUGUUUUCUAUGACCGUUUAGUUGAUACAAGCGAUCAAAAAUGGUUCUUAAAUCAAAUAAAUCACCUUCUUGAAAAUACUUACCAUUUGACAUACCAAGAUUUGUUUGCAUCAAAAAAAAAUCCAAUAUUUUUUAGUUUUCUAAAUGAAGAAAUGCUGUACGAGGAAAUCGUAGAUGAAGAGGACUUGAAACAGUUUAUCAAAUGUAGCAUAAAAGAAUAUAAUUCUAACUCAGAAUUUAUGCCAGUAGACAUUUUGUUAUUCAGGGAUUAUAUAGAACAUAUUUGUCGUAUUGUUAGAGUUAUAUCACAACCCAUGGGUCACAUACUUCUCAUAGGCAUUGGUGGGUCAGGUAGAUCAACUCUAGCAAAAAUAGCCUCGUGGUUGUGCAAAUACAGUAUUUUUACGAUUGAAUUGUCCAAAUCAUACGGAACAUCGGAAUUUAAAGAAGACUUAAAAUUAAUUUAUUCCGAAACGGGAAUAAAAAAUCAACCAACAUCAUUCGUGUUUAAUGAUACACAAAUAGUUGAUGAUUCUUUUUUGAAAAUUAUUAACAGUAUUUUAAGUACUGGAGAAGUAACACGGUUAUUCAAUGAAAAUGAAUUAGAAGAAAUCAAAAAUGCAUUAUCAAAUAAUAUUAAAAAUGCAGACGAAAUAGAAUCAGCCGGAACUGUUUAUUCAAUUUUUAUAGACCGAGUUAAAAAAAACCUACACUUUAUUUUAUCUUUUAGUCCUAUAGAAAAAUCAUUUAGAAUACGAUUGAAGCAAUAUCCCGCGUUAUUAAAUUGUACUACAAUUGAUUGGUUUUUGGAUUGGCCAAAAGAAGCUUUAUUGGAAGUGGCAUCAACUUCUCUCGAUGGUCUUGAUAUUUUAGCAACAAUUACUGGAGAAAAAAGAGUACAUGAAGAAGAAAAUGAAACAAUAGCUCGGGAUAAAUUAAAAAGUUCGUUAUCCUCUAUUUUUUCUUCUAUCCACAAUUCUGUAAUAGAAUAUUCCAACCAUAAUAAAGUUGAAUUGAAUUGUACAAAUAAUGUAACACCGGCUGUUUAUUUAGAAAUGAUAUUUAGAUACAAAAAAAUUCUUCACGAAAAACGUAUUGAAAAACAAAAUAUGUCAAUUAAAUUGAGAAAUGGUUUACAAACGAUUAAUGGCAUUAAUCAUAAAAUAAAUGAUAUGACAAUGGAAUUAGGAAAAGUCACAGAGCUAAUAACGAAGCACACUAAAAUAUGUGAAGAAAUGUUUACAAUUAUUUCUAAAUAUAUUAAAGAAAUUGAUAAUGAAAAAAAAGAAAUCUACAUAAUUUCUAAAAAUAUAAAAGAAGAUGAAUUAAAAUGCCAAGAAAUGUACAAUAUAGCUUUAGCGGAAUUAAAACUUAUGAUUCCGGAGCUAGAAGAAGCUACAAAUAAAGUAUAUGCUCUUAGUAAAAAGGAUCUCUCGGAAAUGAAAUGCUUCUCCGUACCACCAGAAGGUGUGAAAUUAGUUUUAGGAGCCAUUAUGACAUUAAAACAAGCUGAUCCUAGUUGGGCAGAAGCUAAAAGACAACUAAAUGAUCCUAAUUUUUUACAGCAGUUAAAAGAUUUUGACAAAAAUCACGUAACCGACAAUGUCAUUAAAAAAAUCGAUGUAUUUAUAAAAAAUCCAGAAUUUGAAUUAGAAAAAAUCGGUCUUCAGUCAACAGCUGCUAAGUCUUUAGGCAUGUGGGUUGUUGCUAUUGAAAAAUAUGUUAAAAUGUACAACAAAACUAUAACACCUAAAAGAGUGGCUGCAGAUUUAGCAAUGGCAAAAGUUAAAGAAGAACAAACUUCCCUUAAAGAUUUAGAAGAAAAUCUGACAAAAAAACAAAGUCUACUUGAACAACAAAAACUGGAUUACGAUGAAAAUAUUAUUAAAAAAGAACAACUUAUUACUAAAGCUGAAGAAUUAAAAAACAAUUUGGAAAAAGCUACAAAACUAAUUGAUGGAUUGUCCAAAGAAAGAAUGAAGUGGAAUAAAACAUUAAAUCAAAUCGACAAGGAAUUUGAUUAUUUACCAGGAGAUUGUAUUCUAAGUACUGCAUUUAUAUCAUACAUGGGACCGUUUAGGUUUAAGUCUCGAGAAAUAAUUAUGACUUUAUGGUUAAAUCUUAUAAAAGAACAUGGAACUCUUAACAACCCUAACUUUGAAGUUACUUUAUUUCUAACAAAUCCGACAACAAUCAGAAACUGGAACAACCAUGGAUUAUCCAAUGAUAGAUUCAGUUUGGAAAAUGGUAUUAUCGUUAGCCAAAGUUAUCGAUAUCCAUUCAUAAUAGAUCCACAAAGUCAAGCAUGGAGAUGGAUCAAAAAUAUUGAAUUGAAUAAUGGAUUGAAAAUUAUUGAUUAUAGAUCAACAAAUAAUAUGCAAAAUUUAGAAAUUGCAUUACAAAAUGGGUACCCAACUUUGGUACAAAUUGAUUUUGAAAAUAUUGAUCCACUUAUAAUCUCUAUAUUAUCUAGAUCUAUUAUAAAACAAAGAAAUAAACUUUUUAUACGAAUAGGUAAUAAGCUAUUAGCCUACAAUGAACGUUUUAGACUUUACAUUACAACAAAAAUAAAAAAUUAUUAUCAUUUAUCUGAAAUAAUAACACGUACAACAGUAAUUGAUUUUGCUACUACAGAAGAAGGUCUUGAAGAACAAUUACUAAAAACGUUAGUUAAUGUAGAAAACCCUGGUUUAGAAGAGUUUAGAGAUAAUACGAUCAUCAAUAUUGAAAAAGAUAAAAAAUCUCUAGUUGACGUACAAGAUGAAUUGCUUAAGUUAUUGGAUAACAACGAAUGCUCGUUAUUAGAAAACGAACAACUUCUCUUAACAUUAAAAUCUUCGAAAGCAACAUUUAACAUAAUUAAAGAACGUCUUCAAAGCUCUUUAACUAGUCAAGCGGAAAUCUUCAUAGCUCGAGAAGGCUAUAGACCGUGUGCCAAACGUGCUGCCAUUUUGUAUUUUAUUAUCAAUGACCUGGAUAGAGUGAAUCCAAUGUAUCAGUUUUCGUUGGAUUUUUAUACUGAGUUGUUUAAAAAUUCAAUUAAAAAGAGCAAUGCAGCAGAACAGCUCAACGAAAGAAUUGACAAUUUAAAUGAAUAUCACACAUAUGCAGUUUAUGAAAACGUCUGUCGAGGAUUGUUCGAACGCCAUAAAUUACUUUUCUUGUUUCAAAUAUGUACUAAAAUAUUGAUCAUAGAAAAUAAAAUAAAUAAAGAUGAGUUAGAAUUUUUAUUUAACGGUGGAAUUAAAACAAAUGAAAAAGAAAUAAAACAACUUAUUACCACAAAGUGUCCGGACUGGUUACCUGCAACAUGUUGGGAUAACAUUUUAGCGUUAUGUAACUUGCCUAGUUUUUAUGAUGUAGAAAAAUCAUUUGAAAAAUGCUCAACUGAAUGGUAUAAGUGGUACUUAUCCCCGGAGCCAGAAAAUCUAAAACUAGUUGGUCCAUGGGAAAAUAAAUGUAAUUUAUUUCAGCGCAUGCUAAUUAUAAGAAGUUUGCGAUUAGAUCGAUUAUCAUUUUCUAUCAAACAUUUUGUAUCACGAAAUCUUGGACGUCAAUUUUCCGAGACUCCGGUCUUAGAUUUAAAACAUACUUUAAAUAAUCUUAAUAACACAAAUUGUUUGAUUUUUAUUUUGUCCUCUGGUUCUGAUCCAACAAAUAUAUUAACAUACAUGAAUAGAAAUUACAAUAAAAAAGGACAAUUUCAAUCUCUAUCCUUAGGCAAUGGUCAAGAAUCAAUCGCCACCGACUUAAUAAAAAUCGGACAAAAAGAAGGUCAUUGGAUAUUUCUUGCGAAUUGUCACCUCCUAUUAUCAUGGAUGCCACAGUUAGAAAAAGUAAUUGAAAAUAUGCAAGACGGUAAAGCCCAUCCGGACUUCAAGUUAUGGUUAAGCUCUAAACCACAUUCGAAAUUUCCAAUAAAUUUACUACAAACCGCUAUAAAAAUAUCGACUGAACAACCCAAGAACAUAAAGUCCAGUUUAUUGCAUUUAUAUCAAAAUAUAAACGAAGAGCAAUAUUCUCAAAAUCCCGCAUCAAUCAAAUACAAAAAAAUACUAUUCAACUUGUGUUUUUUUCAUUCUAUACUAACCGUUAGAAAAAAAUUUUUAAGCCUGGGAUGGAGUAAAAUAUAUGACUUUAGUGAUUUCGAUUUCGAGGUAUCAGAAAACAUUUUAUUCAAUUGUCUCAACGAGUACGAAGAAACGCCCUGGACUGCAUUAAAAUAUUUAUUAGGAAAUGUUAUUUAUGGUGGAAACAUAACUGAUAUUUGGGAUAAAAGACUUUUGGACACAUAUAUAAACCAAUUUUUCAAUGAAAAUUCUAUUACAACUCAUUUUUACAAGUCAUCGUCACUGAUCAAUUGUAUUGUCCCAGAAAAUGGUACUUUACAAUUCUUCAAAGACUUCAUAAAAACAUUACCUUGUGAAGAUGUAGCUGAGACAUUUGGGCAGCAUUCGAACGGCGAUAUGAUUUAUUUAACAAGAGAUAACUAUUUAUUAUGUGAAACACUAACAUCUUUACAAGAACAAUUUAAUGGUUCAUCAGUCGAUAACGAUAAAGAAAAAAAAGUGCUAUUUCAAAUAUCUCAAAUAUUUCAAAAUAUUCCUUCAUUAAUUAAUUACGAAAUUAUUGCUGAAAACAUUAACAUAAAAAGAAGUAUAUUGAAUGCUGUAAUUUUUCAAGAGGCAAAGUGUUAUAAUAAUUUACUUAAGAAUAUGGAAAUAACAUUGAUGACAUUAGAAAAAGGAAUCACAAGCCUAAUGAUUAUACCUCCAGAUAUUGAAAAUAUGUUUGAAAAAUUAUACGAAGGCAAAGUACCAGAUCAAUGGCUAAAAACUUAUCCGUCUUUAAUGAAUUUGGGUGCGUGGAUGCAAAAUUUAAUUGAACGAGUAAAAUAUUUUACAACUUUGAUAAACACAAGUCAACAACCUGUAUCAAUUUGGUUAGGAGCUUUUACAUCUCCUGCUAGUUUCUUAACUUGUAUACUCUUGAAUGAAUCAAAAGAAUCUUCAGUGCAAAUAGAUUUACUUAGUUGGGAAUUUAUACCUAUGCAAACAUCAGUGAAUGACUUAAUAAAACCACCAGACAAAGGAGUAUAUAUACAUAACCUAUAUUUGGAAGGUGCUGGUUGGGAUAACGAACAUUUGUGCUUACGUGAACCCUUGCCAUUAGAAUUAAUAACUAAACUACCCAUCAUACAUUUUUUACCCGUUGAAGGCAAAAGGAGUCUUCUAGAUUUUUACCAAAGUCCAGUAUAUUAUUGUCCGAAACGAAGUGGAACUCAUGAAACCUAUUCGUGUGCAGUUAUAUUAAACUUAAAAAGUGGGUCACAGCAUCCAGAUCAUUGGAUUAAACGAUCUACAGCAGUAUUAUUAAAUUUGGGAAAUUAAAUUACUAAAUAAUAUUAAAGCUCUAAACUGCAUAACUAGUAAUAGUUUAUACACAUUCAUUAAAACUAUGUAGUCACAUUAAGUCUAGGUAUAUAAUAUAUAUACAUACCUAAACUGACUAAACUACAAAUUUGUACUUCAUUUUUAAUUAAAAUAAGUAAAAAUAAAUAUUAUAGUUAAUGUUAAAACCAUUAAAGAUAUUUAAUAUCACAUAAAUGUAUAUCACCCUCGA